AUGAGUGUAAAUACCGACUUGGGAGCCGGACGAGCAUUCCUAAGGUCUCUCUACCGGCAGUAUGUCGAUUGGGGUGUCGAUUUCGUAAAGCUAGAUUGCAUCUUUGGCACGGAUUAUAGCCCGAAAGAGAUCGUGGCCGUUUCAGAGAUCCUGAAAGAGCUUGAGAGACCAGUCGUCCUAUCCAUCUCCCCAGGAACCGCUGUCACUCCAGCAUUAGCUGAGAAUAUCACACAACAUGUAACAGGAGAUGAUUGGGACAGCUGGAAAGAUGUUCGCCCAUAUUUCGAUGUCGCCAGAUCAUUUGCUGCUGCGAAUAAGAUUGGCGCCCCCAGAUUGCGAGAGAGGUCUUGGCCAGACUUAGACAUGCUUCCAUUUGGCUGGCUUACUGAUGCAGGCGCUAAUCAGGGCCCUCACAGAACCACUAGCCUUACAUUUGACGAACAAACAACACAGAUGGUACUUUGGUCAAUGGCUAAAUCACCGCUCAUGUAUGGUGGGGACUUGAGGCAUCUCGACGAUCGCACAUUCAAUCUAAUUACCCACCCUACUCUCCUGAAGAUAAAUCACCACACCAGAAACAACAUGGAGUUUGGUUAUAUUCAUAGUGAGAGGGCUUCAAAGCCAGAUGAACAAUCGGGUCGCUCAAAGUCCGGCUAUCCGGUGGACGUGACAAACAAUGGUGGAAUGGUUGUUGGUCUCGGUACAUGCAGCGAUAAGAGUGCCAGUGGAUGGCACAGUUCCUCAGAAGAUCGCAUUUGCAGAAGCCAUGGAAUCCAGAAUGGCAAUACCUCGUUUUGCAUAUCCAAAGCAAAACUUCUUCCAACAUCGGAUGGAGUUACCAUGAGCAGUGAGGAAGACCAAGCAAAGUUUCAUCUGGCAGGUAUUGACACCGAUGAUGGUUGCUUGGAUGCAUCUGUCAGUCCAUGGCGAACAAGCUCAGCGAGCCAAACUCCCAUGUUCUCAGCCUGCGAAUGGCAUGCAAAGCAGGUCUGGGAGCUAACAGAGAAUGGACAGCUUGUAAGCAGCUACUCAGGGUUGUGUGCUACAAUGCGAUCCAGCAAGGAAGGAGAGAAUGAAACUACUGGAGCACGAGCAUGGACAGCAAUUGGAGACAAAGGAGAGAUCUACGUUGCUAUCUUCAACCUCGACAGUGCGAGCAGGAAGAUCACUGUAAGCGUGCGGGAUCUAGAAAAGGUUGUCGGGAGAAAGUUGGCAAGGUGCACCUGCACUGAAGUCUGGAGUAGAAAAAGAUGGAGUCUGAUGAAGGGGGGCAUCUCAGCGGUGGUGGCCUCGCAUGGCUCAAUGUUGUUUGAAAUCCAGUGUUGA